CUUCUUCGCUUCCUCCAUUGAAUUAGGUUUCGGUUUGGGUUAGGGUUAGGGUUAGGGUUUCCAAUUUUGGGAGGAGAUGGGGAACAUAUUCGUGAAGAAGCCCAAGAUCACCGAUGUAGAUCGCGCCAUCCUCUCCCUGAAGACCCAGCGUCGCAAGCUCGGCCAAUACCAGCAGCAGCUUGAAAUAGUGAUUGAAGCUGAGAAGCAAGCGGCGAAAGAUCUUAUCCGAGAGAAGAGGAAAGACAGGGCACUGCUUGCAUUGAAGAAGAAGAAAGCACAAGAAGAAUUGUUGAAACAAGUUGAUGCUUGGCUUAUCAAUGUUGAGCAGCAAUUAGCAGACAUUGAAUUGACAAGCAAACAGAAGGCUGUUUAUGAAAGCUUGAAGGCUGGGAAUAAUGCUAUUAAAGCCAUUCAAAGUGAAAUAAAUUUGGAUGAUGUGCACAAGUUGAUGGAAGAUUCAGCUGAGGCAAAGGCAUACCAAGAUGAAAUAAAUGCAAUUCUUGGGGAGCGUUUAUCAGCAGAAGAUGAGGAAGAUGUUUUGGCAGAAUUUGAGAACUUAGAAACAGAGAUUACACUCCAAACUUUGCCAGCCGUUCCUGCUAUAGUUGCACAAGAAGCAAACACAGGGAUUGAACGAUAUGACCAAUCUGAAAAGCCUGAAGCUAACGCUCUUGAGGAAGCUGAGGUGAUUGAAGAAGAGUGCCUCGAGCUUCCUGAUGUACCAAUCAAGGCUCCAGUUGUUGGCCAUACUAAGGUCCUGGAGGAACCUUUACCUGCUUGACCAAGGCGCUGAACUUCAUUCAUUUGGAUGAAAACCACCUGAUGUUCUCCUUGAAGGUGAUGUUAGAUUUGUAAAGUGCAUAAAAACCUUGGUCUUUGUUUCUGUUAUUCUUCUCUUCCUAUUUUCUUUAAAUGUUUUUGUUGUGCAGUGUGUAUACUUGUUAAUAGAAUCCAACAGAUAGCAUUGAACUUUCUUAUCCGCAGACUGAUGUCUUUACUGUUAUAUUGUUUUAGAAAAUUGCUCGCAUACCCCCACGAUAAAAGUGGGUAAUUGUUAA